UCGCUCCUCUCGACCGUGCGGUGGCGCUGUGUCCCCGCCUUGUUCGGAGGCGCGACGUCGGUGCGACAACUCCUCCCAGCCGCCGGGCGGCGCUGUGAGCGGGCCAGCGACGCUCAGUGUGAUGACGGAUGUGUGUGUUUACCCGGAGCACCACCUCCCGGGGACGCACCACCUCCCGGGGACGCACCACACCGGUGCCACCUGGAGCUGUGUCCCCACUGCCUGAGUUCCGCAGACAAAUGACUCCGGGCGGGCACAGCUGAGGUCCAGUGUUGGUCUGUCCAGGAUCCCAUGGCAGUGGAUGUAGAUCGGUGGAGAAGGGAAGGGCAGUCUUUCCUCCGUAGGUUUCUUCAAUGGCUGGAUAUUCUGGAUCCUACAAUCUUACUAGCAUCAAAUAAGGAAAUAGAAAAUGCUCAAACUCUGCUUCAGAGCACCCACCGCAACCUAGAGGAGCAGGUGAUAGAUGAAAAGAUUAAAGGAGCCUUGAAACUUACUCUGUCUUCAGUUCAUCCAGACACAGGUAGCGUGCUGCCGACAGUGUUCCGUGCUUCAGCAUUCACACCACUUGUUGCUCCUCUGAUUCUAGCUAUGCUUCUGCCUCACAAAGGGAUGAAACCAGCUCUGUUUUGGCAGCUCCUCUUUCAGUCAUACACUGCAGGAUACAACUUAGCAAAUGGAAAUAAAACCACCUGUAAAGAUGACAAGAUUCCUCUAAAUAAAGUUCUUCUCCUGAUCGGAGCUGUGUCUUACACUACAUGUUUGGGAGUCUUCCCUCAAUUUAUGGUGUAUCGCUAUAGAUUAAACAGUCCAGCAAUGUACACUCUCUUCAGGAAGGUGCUGCCAGUUCCUGUAUUUGCAAUUGCAAGUGCUCUCAAUGUGGCUGCAGUUAGAGGAUCUGAAUUUGAGAAAGGCAUUGAAGUUACAGAUAAAAAUGGAAAUGUUGUAGGAGUCUCACAAACAGCCGGAACUAAGGCUGUAAAAGACACAGCAGUUUCCAGAGCAGUAUUAAUCGGAACCACAGUUGCUGCACCAAACAUGAUUGUCAGCUAUUUGCAAAGGACAAAUUUCGUACGAAGAUUUCCAUUUGCUCUAGCUCCUUUUAGACACGUAACGACUGUCUUGAUCCUAGGAUUAAUGGUACCUGUUUCCUUCAGCCUGUAUCCUCAGAUGGGGAAGAUAAACAGGAACAAACUGGAACCUUCGAUUCAAUCAGCCACAACAGAAAAUGAACUUUAUUACAAUAGAGGCUUGUGAAAGCAGGGCACAGAAUCGGAUUGCUGGGUUGCUUUCUGCGGGACGAUUAUUUGUUCAUCUGCA